AUGGAUGACUAUGUCAACAACAUGAUGGAAGAUUUUCCUGUCAAGUUCAACAAGGAUUCAAAGCAGGAAACAUUAGCUGGUAACGAUUUACUGGAAGCUGGUAAAGGGAAGUUACUCAGUGCUGAGUACCGUCAGAUCUUUCAUGCUACUGUUGCAAGGGGACUUUAUGUCUCUAAGAGAGCUAGUUGGGAUAUCCAUCCAACAAUUACUAUUCUUGCCUCGAGAGUUCAAGAAGCUACAGAGUCUGAUUGGAAGAAGUGUGUUUGCAUGAUGCAAUAUUUGUUUUAUUUCAAGAGCCAUACUGGCGGCACUCUGUCCUUUGGAGGAGAUGCAGCUCAAGUGAUGUCGAAGAAACAAAAGCUAAACAGCAGAAGCAGUACGGAAGCGGAACUGAUUGCUGUUGACAAUGUUGUCACAAUGAUACUAUGGACGAAGUUGUUCAUGGAGUGGCAAGGGUAUCCGAUCGAGAAGAAUAUCUUGUAUCAGGAUAACAAAAGCGCGAUUCUACUGGAAGAGAAUGGUCGCAAGAGCGCGGGCAAAAGAAGCCGAGCUAUCAAUAUUCGUUAUUUCUUUAUCACAGAUCAAGUUGAGAAAGGAAAUGUUAAGAUCGAAUACUGUCCAACUGACGAUAUGAUUGCGGAUUUCAUGACUAAGCCAUUGCAAGGUGAGAAGUUUUGCAAGUUCAGGGAUCUGAUUCUUGGUCCACAGGACUAG